AUGUCCACAGAGUACUCCUCAUCGGACGAAUCCAGCAUUGCCCAGGAUGUGGCACAUGAUACAACACCACCUUUUACCAAAGGAAAGAGCCUUCACACUCAGGAAACAGCAACUAAAGCCUCAGCUUCUCCACACGAUAUCCGACCCAGCCGUCCGGCAUCUCGCACUCCUCGACGCCGAAGCUCACCUUCACCUGCACCACCAAGACACCCGCCAUCUUCUCUAGCUUCUUCAUAUGCCUCAGCACAUCCGGCAAUCCCAGCAAUAGAAAAAUGGACAGUGCUCGGCUUGAGAAAAGCAUUAAACAACGCCGACAUUUACUUCUCCAAAAAACUAAACAAAGCGGAGCUCUAUAAUCUCUACACUUCUCUUCAACCAACGCUGCCUUCUCCAAAAGCCACCCCCCACCGCAAAGCCGCACACAAAUCAAAGAUUACAGUUAUUUCUCCAUACUCACCAAAAGGACGUAGACCACCCUCAGCCAGUCAAAGCCGGGCUCCAGAUUCCGCUGUUGAGCCUCAAUCUUUUCCAUGCUCGCACCAAGAGCACCGCAAAACAUCAUGCCAUGCACCGCACGAUGCAACUCAACUCAUCGAUACAGCUCCACCAUCGAGCUCCAGCGCGAGGCUGCCUCCGCUAGCAACCCAAGCUCAGAUGCCGCUACCUUUACCUCUUUCCAACCCCUUUUCCUCUUCUCAAGCCCCAGGCUGCGACACAAGGUACCCACAACAAAUGAUACCUGCGUCAGCUACCAACUCCAAAUCCCCAUACACUUUAUUUACCACAACUCCGAUGCCCCUCCCACCGAACGCUCCAGCCCUGGAACCACCCCCCGUCCCUCACAACAUCAGAGCACAGAUCCUCUCAGAAAUUCAGGCAGCUAGCACCACAAGCGGAUCCACACCCAACUCCAGUACCUCACUAUUCAGAACUCAUAUUCCCAUUAACCACCCUUUAAAAUCCCUCCUCAAUGCUUCCCUAGAUACCAUCCUCCAAGCUGUAUCCCCCAGAACCCUACAAACCUACCUAACCGCUUGGAAGAGCUUCAAAACUUUCCACUCUGGUUACAACCUGACCUUCCCUGACUUUUCCCUACUCACCAUCACCUCUUUCAUAUCCUACCUCAACCAACACAAGAACCUCCAAGCCAGCUCUAUCAAAGGAUACCUAAGCGGAAUCCAAUUUUUCCACAAACUAAUUUUUGGCUCACCCUCCCCAGUAAUAGCUAGCACCCAGACAUCUAUGCUCAUUAAAGGUAUCCAAAGAACCCACCCUACCCGUCCGGAUGCAAGACAACCAAUAACCUUAGAAUUACUCACUAAAUGCAUCACCACCAUCCGUCGAGGCUACCACUCUACUAACACCGCCCACACACUCGACGCUAUGUUUAUUCUAGCCUUUUUCGGGUUCCUCAGAUGUUCAGAACUCACCAUCACUUCCAAUUUCAAUCCAAAUAACCACCCCACAAUCUCAGAUCUAUCACUUCUGGACAACGACACCAUCUCCUAUUUCAUCAAAAAAAGCAAGACGGACCAAACGAGAAAAGGCCAUUUCAUUUACAUUUUCAACUUCCCAUCACUAAUUCAACCAUACCAGACACUUCUAGCCUACCUACAUUCCAGAAAUUCCCAGGCUAGAUCUGCAUCAGACCCACUCUUCAUAGACGACUCAAACCGCCCGGUUACACGUUUUUGGUUCCAAAAACACUUUAAAUCCGUCCAACUCCUAUCUGGCAUCCCAGCAGACUCCUUCUCCAGCCAUUCUUUCCGCAUAGGCGCGGCAACCACAGCCGCCCAAAAAGGUCUUUCACAACAACAGAUCCAAGCCUUCGGACGCUGGUCAUCAGAAGUCUUCAAAACCUACAUUCGAUCAAACCGCUCCCACAUCAGAGAAGCCCAACGAACCCUCAUCAGUGGAUCCCACCAGCUCCAGCCUGCUCCAGGACAACACAAACUAUAA